AUGUCGGGGCAGCUAACGGAAAAGUACAAGCUGAAGGGGGCUUUUGGGGGGGCCCUCGGCCUGCUGGGGGUCGAGUUUGUCGGGUUCUUCUCAGGGGUCUCCAUGUUCCGGCCUGGGCAGAGCCUCUUCUCGCUGGGGGCCCACGUGGCGGCUGCCCUGGGCCUGGCCCUGGCCCUGCUGGAGGACUGGAACAGCGGCUCCUUCUGGCUCCUCUUCGGCCUCUGCAGCGUCCCUCCCGCUGUCACCGAGGCGCUGCUGCUGGUCUCCAUUCUGGGGUGCAGGAGAAGAGCCCUCUGA